AGUACAGGGGAACGGUGGAAGAUGCCUGCUUUUGCCCCCUCUAUACCGGAUGACAACACUGGCCAAGCGGACGCCGAAUACACAACGCUGCGCAGAUCAUGUUAAUUUCUUUUAACGAGGUUGACGUGAAAUGCUGCUUGCCUGGGAUUUUCUCGAGCAUACUAGUAUGCGCGUUGCCGGUUUUUAAGCGUGGAUACAUUGCAGAUUCGGUGGCGAGUAUUUACCCAGGAUACCGCGCGCGGUACUGACCAGUGAUCGCAUCAGCAGCAACGGCGUUAACGUUACAUACAUGUAUCCGCGCUAGUUAUAAAUACGAGUAUUUGCUCGGCUCCUCAUCGUGCAAUUGGCGCAUUGCCGGCUUUCAACUUCGAUACGUCGUAGAUUCGAAUGCGGCUGUAUUGAUUUAGGAUAUCGGCACUGGCCAUUGACCACAGGUCCACAGCCAUAUCGGCUACUUAUCUAUGUCGCCAUCCGCCAUGAAUUAUUAAUUCCUCUCCGACGCUUCAUCGUGGUAUAGCCUCCGGUGCCGGCUUUCAACGUGGGCACGUUGUUGAUUCGGUAGCGAGUAGAUGCACGCAACAUGAACGCCACAGACCACACCAACACCACCGUUAACCUCACCCCCGACUGGAACUGGUCGGCCAUCAACUCCCUCUCCUGCUGCAUCUUCUCCCUGCUCCUCAAUCUCCUCCUCCUCCUCAGCUUCCUGCCGCGCUCCCACACCUGGCUGGCCUUCGACGUGUACCUCACCAACCUCCUUUUAUCCAACGUGGUUUUCUGCGCCCUCACCGGGCCCUUCGAUUUCUCCUCCAAACUCUACCCGGACGCCAAGUGGGUCCUCAGCCGGGCCAGCUGCACGGUGUAUCUGUACGGGAUCUGGGUGUUAUCCCUGGUGCAGAUGAGCACACACCUCUUGAUCGCCGGCAACCGGGUGUGGGCGCUGUGGCGGCCGCUGUCCUUCCGGCGACGGCACAACUUCACCACGGCGUUUCUGUGUUGUGGCGUCACCUGGGCGCUGGCGCACGUGGUCGCCCUGCCGGGGGUUGUGAUGGACGCGCUGUUUUAUCGAAAGCCGGAAGCGGAGUACGGGUGUUGGACGGAUGUGACCGGGAUUCCAGGACAGAGGGCGUGGCUGGUGCUGGUGCAGCUGCUGAGUGUAAUUUGCCUGUUUGGAGUGUUGGGUGCGUUUCCGCUGAUCUGGAUCAAGCAGAGUCAGCGAAACAAGAUUGGAUUGUGCUGCCGACUGGUAUCCGGACAAAUCCAACCGACGCCGCUCUCCUCACACAACGUGAAGAAUCCCUCCAUCGCGAAUAUUGCAUCCGUGUCGCAAGCGAUUAGCCACUCCCAUCGCCCGGCAUCUUCAACCGAAGCGCAAUCAUUCCUCCUUUUAACCGCGUUGACAUUGAGCGUGCUGGUGUUCUGGACGCCGAGCGUUAUCUACUUCUUCCUACAGCCCUUCACUAACUACACGAAUCCCGACAUUGAGUUCGUCAUUAAUUUAAUGUUCUUCUACCAGCCGGUGGUCGAUCCGCUGCUCUUUGCGCUGACACUGCGCACCCUGCGCCACAACAUCCGCCACAUGCUGCGCUGUGCAAAAAAUUAACCGAUUAAUCUAAUUACGCCCGGUGUAACCGGAUACGUGGAUGUUAUUAUCGGGAAGAGGAGGAAAAAAGUAGCGCUGUUAAUUCACUUACCGGCAUCGAAAUAGACGGAAAUCCUCGGGGAUUCGGCUAUACCAAGUGUAAAUUUAGCGGAUGAAGGUGUGGUUUAUUUCAUAAAUUUACGAGAAUCCGGCAUCGACACUUCCUCAUUAUCAGCGGCGCGGCAGUCGUUUUUAUGUUUUCUUACGUUUUCUUAUGUUUUCUUAUAAGCGGCUUUCCUGUCUCAAGAAAAUUUCCCAAAAAAGCCGUCUCUUUUAGUUUGGUAAAUGCUAAAACUGCGAAUUACUCUAUUCCUAUCGAAGAAUUUGUGAUGCGUGUCAAUAAUUUUUCUUGCCAAUAAACGAGCGUUAAUGUACUUGCCAAAUUGUGUGCAAACGUGGACGCGCAGUUUUUAUGUACAUCAG